AUGGGCGAGCAGCUGGUCUACAUUGCCGGCCUGACGGUGGGGGCGCAGAUUGUCUUUGGCGACCAAGUCAAGGCUGACACUUACAGGAGACUGGACACACUACCCGAUCUGGUGGACCUGGACCAAGCAUUUGGCCAACAGAGCUCUCUGAACUAUGAGGAGAUGGUGAGUGGGAGGCCUGCAGUGGCACCACUUGCCAAGCGCGGCUGUGUGGAGCACAUUUUGCUGACAGAGCGGGACGCAGUGUUGUGUCGGUCCCUGGCACAGGCUGCUCGGGCCCAAAACCCCAGCGCACAGCCUCUUGUGGUUGGUGCAGUUGGUGAGGCCCACCUGGAGGGCAUUGCAGACCUCUGGGAGGGCCGCAGAUGGCAAGAUGUGAUCGACGAGAUGGGCACAGGAACAGGCAGAGCGCAAAAAUUCAGGCAUGCAAAGCCGGGAGCAGAGGGAGUCCGGCGGGCGCUGCUGGAGAGCGUGAUACGGCUGUCCUGCAGGGACUCUGUGAGCUCUGAUCUGGCAUCUAAUUUGGGGCCCUUGCCUGAGGAUGAGCUGGCCUCGUACCAGUUUACCCAUGAACUGUACGGCAGCACCAGGAUGCUGCUGGCUUGCCUGACAAGGGAGCAGCUGACUCAGGUGUGCAGCGGCUGGCGCUGUGACAUGGAGGAGGUGCUUGCCCCUGUCAGGCAGGCAAGGCCAGUAAAUGGAGGUUCUGGCUGUGACCUUGACCUAAUCCUUGAGCUGCGCACGCUCCAUUUUGAGCUGCCAAAUUGA